CGCCUUUCUGUGAGCACUUCCUGUGUCUCCCCUAUCUUAUUCUUCAGCCAGAUAAAUAUAAGACCUCUGAAAAUCCUAACCUCAAGACCAGCUGGAGCUGUUCUCUGAGAGCCAGGAAAGGAGGACAAGACAACUCUCAAAGUGCAUGUGCCUCAGAAGACGACUUAGAAAUUGAUACUGUUGUGGGAGGAACAUAUCCAAGUUUGUAGCCGGCUCUCACUCCAAGAAUGGGAAACAUAAUCUCCAUUAUAUCCAGUAUUUUUAGGCUCACCAUGAGGAACCCGAUCGCCCCGGCCGUCAUUUCUUCUGUCCCAUCAUUUUCUUACACACAUGGACAAGUUUGGCCUUCAUGUACAUCUAGACAGAGUUCACAGGGAAAUGCUAGAAUGACAAGGAGGGAAAAGAACUUUUGGCAGCAACAUUACAAUGAUCAGAGAAGUGACGAAGCGAUCCAAAGACAAAUGCGGCUGAUCAGCAUGAUCAAAGAAAGAUGCAAACCCAAAAACACCAUCAUUCAUGAUUCACCCGACAAGAUCAGGGAUAUCUGCACCAACCCCAACAGCACGAAUGUUCGUUGCAGGAAUGGAAGCAACAACUGCUAUGAAGGUCCAAACCCGUUCUCUGUCACUGUCUGUGAGGAUACAGGCUCUAUAUACUCUGUAUACCCUAACUGUCAGUACAACUGUCACAAGGAAGAACCUGUCAAAGUCACUGUGGCCUGUGAGAAUGGCAAACCUGUCCAUUUUGAUGCUUCCUAAAACAUCAUCCAUUAUAAACCUUGAUUACCUUGAAAACCUCUCAUGAAAUUUGACCUCCUCCUCCAAGGAGAUCAGCAACAGCUGUCAUGUUAGCUAAGCUCAUUGCUCCCUCCUUGGACUGACCCUUGAUGGAGCAUCCCUGGUGGCUAGUGUUCAAAAGCCAGCCUCUGGGGAGGUAGAAGCUGCUCUCUCCCCUCCAGCCAGCCCCCAGUGCCAGCCCAUGAUAGAUAGCAAGCUACAGGCAGAGAAGCAGCGCCCAGUGGAGUCAAGGCUGUGUCCUUGGUGCAUAUUCUUUCUGUGCUAUGGCUAAAUAAACUUUUGCUAACUCUUGA